AUGAGUCUUCUAAUCGCGGCAGAUCUCAAGCCCCGACUUUCGUCCGGUGCCGGCGUUGUCCUUGCCGGCGAUGAGGAAUUCGCCGGUCUUGUCAGCCGGUGGAGAGAGUACCAUGCGCCUACUGUUGCCGCGGUGGUGCAGGUGACGACUGAGAGUGACAUCCAAGAGACUGUUCGGUAUGCGAAUGAGAAGAACGUCCCAUUCUUCGGAAGAGCCGGAGGUCACGGCGCGACCGAAGCGCUGGCCAAGGUGCAUGAUGCGAUCCAGGUCGACUUGCGCAAACUGAACCACGUCGAGAUCGCCGAGGAUGGCAAGACGGCGAAGAUUGGCGGCGGUGCCAGUAUCAAGGAAGUUGUCGACGCACUCGAGAAGGCAGGGAAGCGCACAGUCACUGGUAUCUGCGAAUCUGUGGGAAUCUCGGCGCCCGUUCUCGGCGGCGGCCACGGGUGGCUGCAGGGCGAAUAUGGCCUCGCUGCCGACCAGGUCGUUUCAGCUCGGGUCAUUGUUCCAAGUGGUGAUGUCGUGACUGUGUCCGAAGACUCCCACCCAGACCUCUUCUGGGCCAUUAGGGGUGCCGGCCACAACUUUGGCCUUGUGGCCGAGUGGACGUACCGCAUUUACGACGCCAACCCUCGGGCUCCAAAAUGGUCUUAUGAGAUAUUCGUGUUCUCGGGCGAUAAGCUCGAGGCUCUAUUCGAUCUCCAUAAUAAAAUGCAGAAGACGCAGCCGGCGCAUGCGAUCCAUUGGAGCUAUAUCAUCAGAGUCGCUGAAAUCAACCCCGACCAUCCCAUUAUCUGGUAUGGCAUCAUUUACGACGGCCCUGAGGCUGAAGCAAGAGAAUACGCCAAGCCCCUGCACGCAAUCGAAGCCAUGUCGAUCCAGGCGGGCGUGGCAACGACCCAUGAGCUGGCCGCCCUCACCUUCAUGGACGCAGACGGACCUGCGUGCGCCUACGGUCUGACCUCUCUCCGGUAUCCGAUCGGACUCAAGACAUUCGACGUGCCAGCGGUCCGCAAGGUGUACGACUUCAUCGACAAGAGCUUCCGGGAGAUACCCGAGAUUGCGGGCUCCUUCUUCCUGCUCGAGGGCUACCCGACGCAGGCUGUCCAGGCCGUCGACGAGCGGAGCACGGCGUUCCCCCACCGCAGCGACGAUAUCCUGGUCACGUCGUACGUCCAGUACAAGCCGGAUCCGAGGAUCGACCCGCUCGCCGACAGGUACGGGAGGACCCUGCGCCAGAUCCUGCUCGAGGCCAGCGACGACCCGGGCCGCCUACGUGCCUACGUCAACUAUGCCCACGGAGAUGAGGACCUACGCGAGGUGUACGGCUGGGAGGAGUGGAGGCUGAAGAAACUAAGGGAGCUCAAGGCCGAGUGGGAUCCGGAGAAUAAGAUGGGGUACUAUGUGCCAAUCGUAUGA